UGUUGAUACCAAUACGUGGUUGUACUUAGCCAACAGCUAUUUAAUAAUUGCAAAUACUUUGCUGUCGUUUUUCUUCUUUAAUAUACAGCUUAAGCGAAUCACGCUAUGGAAAUUACCAGAGGUAGUUUAGAUGAUAUUUCCCGACCUGCAUCGAGUGAGCAAACAGGUAGCCGUGUGUCGAGCGUGUCAUUGCCUCAUGGUGACAGAUUUAUUCCUACAACUCCAUUUGCCCUUGUUGUUUUGACCAACGAUGCUGCUGAUGUGCAGCUCCAGAGCAGCUCUGAAGAAACUAUAAUCAACUCCUCAGCCAGAGGUCCUGACAAAGGUCAGUGUCAGGUUGAAGUUGCUGAUGAAGAGAAGGAAUAUUUAAAACUACAGAAAGCCAUUGAGGAAAUGAGACGGCUUGAUGAAAUACUGUCUGCAAAGAUCUGCAAAGAAAAAGAAGUCAAGCGUCAAAGGAAAGAACUACAAGCAAAACUCUGGCAAGAGUUCCUGGUAGACAUAGACAGUCAGAAUAAGCCUGAAGGUCACUGUGAAUGUGCCCAUGAAGCUUUGAACACAAGGUUGUUUUUGGCCCUGGAAGCACCCACUGGAACAGAAGAAGAGCAAGAGUUUGUGCCUGUGUUUGAAACUCAGGUUCCUGAUUGUGAGCACGACAGAGAUAGCCAAUACUUGGAGCAAAGUGAAAAGAGGCCAGACAGCUCAACAGAAUCAUUUGAAGUAGGCCAUGAGGAGAACAGGGAAGAGCACUUUGAAGGCAGCCACUGUGGAGUUUCCAGAAGCAAGACAAAACAGAAGGACUUUGUCAAGAGAAAUAUUGAGCUAGUAAGCGGUGAGGGGGACCAAGUGCUUUUGACCCAGGCAGAGAAAGAGCGUCUGGCCGAGCUCCUCCGAGAGAUAGACGAAGAGGGAGAGGACAGUACCAGAGGUGCAGACAGCGAGGAGGACGUGUGGGCUACGACAGACCAGGGUUACACCCCGGAGCCCUCUGACCUGGAGCAGCUGAUUUACAUUGACUCCAAAAUUCGCUUUCUCCUUCCUGAUGAAGAAUUCCUCUCAGUGCAAAGCUCAUAUACAAACCUUAGCAGGUCCCAGGGCCAUGGCUCAGAGGUUGGCUGGAAGUGCGAUGGGGACCCGCAGCCAGGAGAGAAGGUCCUGCAGGAUAUAAAGGAGAGGAGAGGGCAGGAGAGGCGGCUCCAAGUGAUCCAACAGCAGCUGGAGAUCCUGGGCCAGGGCCAAGAAAUGACUAAUGAGUCACCAGACCUUACUGAGGAGCAGUUACUUGGUCUGCUGGAUGAAUGUGAGCUGACAGAGAGCUGGAUCCAGGAUCUUGAAACGAAUGACACCACGAGACCCUAAAAAAGACUCGGAUGGGCCUAAUCCAUCUGACGCCCUGCUGUCAGAACGGCUAUCAAAAGAUGCAUUAUUGCUUGGAUGUCACUAUCAGACUAUUUGGGAGUUGUAAGAGAAAAACGAAUGAUUCUAAACUUAUUUAAUUGACAUAACUAACCUGUCUUAUAUAUAGUAACAUAAACUGAUUUUGAACAUGUUUCACAGUGUGUCUGUAAAGGAAAACCUAACUUUUGGUUAAUUGGUAAACUGAGAAUGAGAACUGUUAUUUUUGUCCUAAUUGGUCUCCAUGUUUUCAACAUGUGGCUGGAUUAUGUCCCAUUUUUUAAAUUUGUGUUUAUGGCUCUGCAUGAGGAAACAGAGCAGCAGGGCCACCCUUUGUAUUAACCUAAGUAUCAUAGAUGAGAACAGAAAAUUGGUGUCAUUAAAUCUAAUAACUGGGUACGGUGGCCGCAGAAUGUUCUAUUGCGCACAUAAACACUCAGCUGAUAGCACCGUGUCUGUGGGGUCAAGUCUGAACACUAUAUUGUAUGAACUUUAAGCCUUCUACCAUGAAAUGUCUCUGUUAAUAUUAGUAAAUGUGUGGUCAAGCAUC